CUCUCUCUCUCUCGAAGUUUUUAUUCAAAUAUAAAGCAUCCAGAUUUGAGAGUCUAGGGUGGCGUUGCUGCUGCCUUUUUACAUUACAUGGAUUCAUAUAAAUCCAUGGGACGCCACUGAAUUUUUCUUCCAAAAAGGGUUGAUUAAUUUUGUCGUAAUUAUCGAUGCAUCUUCCUUGAAUUAUAAGAAGGAACAUAACCAUGUCGACCAAGAUGAAAGGUCUUUUGAAAGGUCUUCGAUACAUUUCUCAGAUAUUCGAGGAAGAAAAAGAAGAAGAAUUUCAGAUUGGCCUUCCCACAGAUGUAAAGCACGUUGCUCAUAUAGGAUGGGAUGGACCUUCUGUUGAUUCUCCGAACUGGAUGAAAGGUUUCACCUCUUCAACUCAAUCAGCACCUUUAGGUCCCCCUGGAGACCCUGGAGAGAAUCCUGAAAUUAAAUGGGUUUCUGAAGAUUCGGAAGGCAGCAGAAAAGAGAAUUCUUCGGGUAGGGAUCUAUCCGACGUUCCAAAAUCCUCAAGACGCCAUUCUUCGAAAGAAGGCUCAUCAGAUUCCCCGAAAAAGAAAGAUUCAUCAUCCAGCGGCAAAUCACGACGACACUCCAAGGACUCGUCCGAAGGCAGUGUUAUAUCCAGUCGACAACACCAGGAAGUAGGCCAAGGAUCAAGCGGCUUGUCCUCAAGAAAUCUCCCAGACAUUCCCAAGAAAUCACGUAGAAAGAAGUCUAAAGAGUCAAUCGGUGGUGGAUCAACCCGUUCAAGAUUUAAAGGCACCUCGUCCUCCGAUCCUGGAUCCCCUUGCAGUGAGCAGAAUCAAACUUCAGGCGUAAAGCCAGUUAUAGAGGCAGAUCGAGGCAAGAAAAACAGUGAUGGAUAUUGAUGUUUUUUCCUUCUACAUUUUUUUUU